AUGGAUCCUCUAUCCUUGACAGCGAGUAUUGUUGCCGUCACUACCGUUGCGGUGCAGGUGGCCAAAGUGCUUGCCAGCCUCCACGAAGACUUGGACUCAUUGCCUGGUCGGGUGCAUGCGCUAAAUAAUGAAAUCCAAGACUUUACCGUUGUUCUGAAUCAGGUUCGGUUAGCUGUCGACGAAAGACGUGUGUCACGCUGGGAUAGUCAUGGAAAGUCGACUUUGCCUGCUGUUCUGGCCCGUGGUGAGAUGACUUUGCUGGACAUUAAAGCUGUUUUGGAUAAAAUUGCUGCAGGCUCGCGUCUGAGGAAACGAGACGCAAUUCCACGCGUACUCCUCUGGCGACGAGAGCAAGGCCGGAUCGCGGCUCUGCAAGAAAUCAUCAAACAGGUCAAGUCGAGCUUAAAUGUUAUUCUCGGGGCUUCAAAUUCGCAUGAUAUGAUGCAUGUACGGCUGCAGAUCGAAGAGUUGAGCCUCAAGGUAUCAGGAGCUGUCGCUGAGCGAGAAGAACCAGUCGUGCCGGCCGGCUUCAUCGAGGCUCUCUUGCAUGAGCACAACAAGACCGUCACACAGUCUCUCAGCCAAAGAUAUUCACAAGUUGACGAGCGCCUUGAGAGAGUUGAAGCCCUUAUCCGUGCUCAAUCGACAGCGAUGCAUGCUUCUCAGAUUGAGCAAAUUGGCCCUUUAUCUCCAUCAUUCACGGAUCGUAUGCUGGGCCAGGUAUUCAUCGGAUACAGUGGCCUGCCUUUGUUGAGCAACAAGUGUGACUCAGAUCAAUGCGCACGAAAACAGAUACCUACAGCCAACAUCGAAUUCUGGUUUCCUCUCGGCUUCUGCUGGUCACAGAUUGUCCGGUUCCAUCUUGCAUAUGACGCAAAUACUGGCCCUUCUCUUCAACUCAGUACUCUUCGACAGGUCUCAGAUGCUUCGCAGUGCGUUAGCUUCGCCCUCAACGGCAAUAUCGAAGGCCUUAAAAGCCUUUUUCAGAAUGGUCUGGCAUCUCCCCGUGACGUUAGUACGACAAGGGGAUAUUCAUUGCUAAGAUGGGCCCUCUACGGACAACAAUAUGAAACCUGCAAAUUUCUCAUGGUGGCUGGCGCGGAUCCAACUUAUAGACCGAUUGCUAAAAGUGAUGAUUCUCCUAGCGACAAAGCCGGCGACAUUAUACUCAGAGGCAGCUUGACGCAAGAGGCCUCCGAGAUACUUCGAAUCAUUGCAGAAGGUAGCGAUUACAUUGAGCGCCAGAACUUCACCGACCUUCAUAAAAUUGUUCUCGGAUUGUUAUCUGAAGACCUUGAGAUCAGCAUACUAAAACGACCUUGCGAUGUUGAUUUUCCGGAUGCAACAGGCCGGACACCGCUUCAGUGGGCGGCGGCUAGAGGCGACGAGCGAGCCGUCAUUACGCUCCUGAGCUGGCGGGCUGACCCGAAUAAUAUGGAUAGCAAGCUCAACACUCCCUUGACCUUGGCAGCAAACCAAAAUAAAGCAAUCUGCGUUCGACUUCUCCUCGAGGCUGGAGCAUUUCCGGAUCCCAAGCUACCACCAGGCACGAAGUUCGGUACUCCCCUCAAUUGCGCAGCUCGAAAUGCACCCGACCCCAUGGUUAUGAAAACGCUUUUGGACUUUGGCGCCAAUAUUGAAGCUACCGGAGUUGAUGGGGUAACGCCUCUUUUGCAUGUUGCCCGAGGCAGCAGUGCUGCUCACGCGAUGCUUCUUCUCGAGUACGGCGCAAACAUCAACGCCGAAUCCAAAAGUAUGCAGACUGCUCUCACAGCCGCCAUACAAUACAAUAAUCAUGCAGUCUUGAAGCUCCUACUUGAGAGAUGGUCGGACUAUCAGCAGUGUCCUCGUCUUCACGGGCCCCAUUUGCUAGAUAUUGUUGCGCAAUAUGCGGAUAUAAAAACUAUGCAGCUUCUCACAGCAGCUGAGCACCUCCGCGCGAGAACAGAUGACUUGUAUCUACAAGAUCACUAUUAUUCACUUCUUGAGAUGAGGAAAGAUAAUUCCGAACAGCUAGAUGACGCAUUCGAAGAAUUGCUGUCCGUUCUGAAGAUGGAUGCAGCAGCACAAGGUGACUUGAUGCGGCAAAUGGAAGCUGGGCUCUCUCAAGCCCUCUCCGAGAAGGAUACGGAGUCAGACUGUUCCUCGUUUGAAGAUGCUCAGGAACACAUUUAA